AUGUCGUCCACCAGCAACGCCUCCAUUGACAAGUUCAACGGAGACAAUUACGCAACGUGGAGCCGGUACAUGCGCGGUGUGUUUUUGACGAAGUCCGUCUGGCACGUUGUCAACCGUGAAGUGACUCCGACUUUCACCGACCCGCGAGCGUCCGAUGACUACGUCAAGGCAAGCAACGUCGCGUUUGGUAUGAUGCUGCUGCACAUGAACGCGGACUACCAUCAUGUGCUGGACAACUGCGAGGAAGCCUGGGUUGCGUGGACAAGUCUGAAGACGCUGUACGGUGGGUCGCAGAAGGCAGGACGCAUCUACCUCAAGCGACAACUUUUCAGUAUAAAGAUGGCUGAAGGCGCGAACGUCAUGCAUCACUGCAACGAGGUCCUCAACAUCUCCGCCAAGCUUAGCGGCAUCGGUGCGAAGAUGGAAGACGAAGACGUUGCAAUUUGUCUGCUACUCAGUCUUCCGAAGAGCUACGAAAAUGUGGUGCUCAACAUGGAAAUGAGCAGCACCGAGCUUCGCACUCAAGAUGUGGUGAGAGUCCUGACGAAUGAGCAUGCCAAGCGUCAAGGAGAAAAAGGGACAACGACAGCGACUACGGUGAAGGCUGAAGAUGCAAGCAAGGCAUUCAGCGCCGAGCGUGAGCCCUACCAAUGCACGUAUUGUGGCAAGGUGGAACACACGGUGGAUCGUUGCUGGACAAAGCAGAACAUGCGAACAUUCGGGUGUCAGACAUACAUACUGACGCCUAAAGAGAAUCGACUCAAGUGGGAUCCAAAGGCUCGCGCUGGCAUAUUCGUGGGCUACGAAGAAGUUUCGAAGGCAUAUCGUGUUUAUGACAUCGAGGCGGGGCAGGUGGUUAUCAGCCGCGAUGUCAACUUCGACGAGUCCACCUUUGGACUUCAACUGCCGAUCACUGAUGAAGAUGUCGAUGACCUGGACUUCGAAUUGCUGGACCUUGAUGACGAAGAGCUGCGUCAAAUGGAGUACAAGCAAACAGGCAAGCGCAAGAACCGACUCAAUGAUGAAGAUACAGCAGCUCCACGACCGCGUGCAGUGCGUCAACGACCAGGACUAGAAGAGUCAAGCGCGCCGGAAAACAACUCUUCACGACAAGAAGAAGACGAAGAAACGAAGGAUUCUGGUGAUUCAACACCGCCUGUGUUUUGGCGUGCGAGUGCAAAUGCCGUUGAAGCAGCAGUGGACUUAUCAGAACCCUCAACAUUUGAAGCAGCAGUAAGCGGCCCUGACCAAGUGCACUGGAGAAAAGCAAUUCAUGCAGAGCUCGAGUCAAUGCGACUUCGCGGUGUGUUUCGUGCAGCCAAGCUGCCCAACGGACAACGCGCCAUUGGCACAAAAUGGGUGUUCAAGAUCAAGCGCAAGGCGGAUGGGUCAAUCGAGAAGUACAAGGCACGACUUGUGGCCAAGGGUUUCCGCCAAAAGUAUGGCAUCGACUACACGGAGACGUUUUCGCCUGUGGUCAAGUAUGUGACGCUGCGAAUGGUGAUCGCAAUUUCCAAGCAUUUUGGAUGGCCCAUCGACCAGCUUGAUGUGGUGACAGCUUUCCUGUAUGGCGUCAUGAAGGAACAAGUGUUCUGCGUGAUUCCUGAAGGCGUCGAACUUGACAGUACGUUCGACUGCCUGGAAUUGGUGAAGUCAAUUUACGGCCUCAAGCAAGCGUCGCGAGUGUGGAACGAGACGUUCGACGAGUAUGUGUGCUCCAUCGGAUUUCAAGUAUCGGACUUCGACCCAUGUCUCUACAUCAAGACUUCGGACGGCCAUUGCGUGUUUAUACUGGUCUACGUGGACGACGUCUUGGUGACUGGAAGCUCACUCGAGCUGAUUGCACAAACCAAGAACGACCUGAAGACGCGGUUCGAAAUUGAUGAACUUUAG